CUCACUUGCGAUGGUAUCAGGUGUACUUUGAACAGGCUUGUGUGUGGCUAAAACUACCCUUGCGCAGGAUGGGUGGGGUAAUGUGGUGUGUGUUUAAACAGACAAGGUAAGGUCCCCCGUCACAAUACGUGCUCAGGCAAAGAUCGGGCUUGAAUGGAAUCCUUUACCUGUAACUCUGGGGAAACUGUACACUGAAAAUCUACAACGAGACUUCAGUGCCCGUCGAAACCACAAUGGAGACAACUAAUGAUACCACAAAAAUCCUGGGGAAAGGUCCUGAAUACCUUCGUAAACAAAUGGAUUUAGAGAGUGAGACAAAAGGACGCAUGAGUGCCGUGGAGAGGCUCGCCGCAAGUAAACCAAAAUACGUCAAAAGCCAACAGGUGGUUAACUCAACUCAGGAGCCAGUGAUUAGCCUUGGAUCGGCCUCUGUGAGUAGCACUGGGUCCUCUAACCGAAGCUCACACCGGGAUGGGAAUCUUCCUACAGGGAGUGACUUGACAGGGAAUACACUCACUGUGCAAAUCUCUUCACCAGUGCAGGCACAUCGCUCCAGCGCCAAAAAACGACCAGACUCUCUUCUAAUUUACAGACAGAAAUGUGAGUUAUUGAGAGGGCCAGCAAAUGAACGGAAACACCAUAUAACCCGUAAGUUGUUGCUCAACCCUGUGAAUAAAAAUGCCCCAUUAUCCGAGGGGACAGAUAAGGAAUGUGAGUCUCAGGGCAACGGGGGAAAAAUCACCACGCCUAAGGAAACAGCAAAGGAAUGGAAUCCACAUGUAGUUAUCUCUAAACCGGAGAGCAAUGGAGUGACAGAAGAGUGCAGAAUCAAGAACAGUGACUCUGGUACAAAACCUAAGGCUGGAGUUGUAAAUGCAUCUAGUGGUCUCCUGACAGUUCCUGAGGUUGAAAGGAGGUCUGGCAAAGGAGUCAGUCGUUCUCACUCUGAUAUCAGCUCCAGGUAUUCCAAAAACUUUGCAGACUUUGAUGUUUUUUUCAAGUACUGCGGGCUGGACGGUGAGGUCAUUGAGUCUUUGGGGAAGGACAACUUCUCGGCUCGCUCAGAUGAAAUUGCAAUAAUGGUUCGGAGUGUCAGUGUUUCCACGUCAGAUGAUGGCUUUUCCAGGAACAGUAGUGACAGCGAUGCGCUCAUGGAGGAAAAGCUGCACGAGAAGAUACGUCAAGAGACCUCAGUUAUUGAGCGCAACGCACGGAUUAUCAAGUGGCUGUACAGCUGUAAAAAUGCUAGUGACACUGGAAAAAAGUUACGGGAUCUUCACUGAUUGCGCUUUUUCUUUUACCCAAGUGAUGUUACAUAAAAGUUAUAUUUUGAGGACAAAGAUGGAAGUAGUUUCUUGUUUUUGGCCUUAGAAAACACUGAAUGAUACCCUACUUGUCCAACUGUACCUAAAUCUUAGGUUAUGUAUUGUGUAUGCUGCGUGUGUGUGUGUGUGUCCUUUACUGAUGACUUUUCUGAGAGCAAAUGAUGACUGAGUGAUUUCUUAUUUUUUUCUUCUUCUGUUUUUUUUACUUGCACAGGACCAUCUAUGAUCUCAGUUACACUGGAAACAGAUAAAAUACAAUGUCAUAAAAGCUAUACAAAAACAAAAAGUAUUUACAUUAUUCAGCUUCAACAUUUUUAGGAUUACUGGCUUAUUUAAUAUAAUACUUUUGCGUUCUAUUCAGACUCUAUAAAAAAACAUUUCUGUAUUAAAUAUGGUCAAACGUGCAUACAAGAAGGCAAGCAGUAAUUCAAAAGAAUUCAGUGAAGUGCUGUGAUAUGAAGCAAAAACAUACUAGUAUGAACUAGUUUGGGAUUAUUUUCUUUUUCCAUAAAAAUAAAAUACUUUUAAGUUCAGUGAUUUUGGGUGUGAAUGGGCCACAGUCAUAUAGACUUACAUUGUUUAUAAAAGCUAUACUGUAUUUUUAUGCGACUAUAAUUUAAAGCUUUUGAAAAUGUACAAAAUUUGUCAACAUGACAUACUUCCUGCUAAUGAUAACUCAACGUCUAACAAUGCUGCAGCAAUUCUAGCUGUAGCUUUUUGAUGAGUUGUCAUCAAUGUUACAUAAUUCAUCUACAAAACAUUAGUGUGUUUAUUUAUUAUUCAUUAAAAUGCAAUUAUUUUAUACGAUCACUUAUAAAAUGUACUAUUUGUAAAGAGUGGUACUAUUAUUUUAAGAUAAAAGGCUCACAGCUCAUGGCCUUUUGAUUCUUCCCAGGAACAUUAAAAGGAGUCUCACACUGAUGCUCAUAAAUUCUGCUCCUCUGCGAAUACCUUUAGGCCACCUCAAACAUGAAAGCAUCCCUAAAUCAGAAUUUGUACAACCUGCCUUUUAAGUUUAUAAUCCAAUAAUGUGCACUCCCAUUUCUCUCGGGGUGAAAGGUAUACAUUCCAUCACACCAACACACAUGAAGACACACACACCCACACACAACCUGGAGACUUACUCUGAGUUUACCCAUAACUACUGCCUGCCAAACUCUGACCAUAACUUAUCCUAAUGUUAAAAGAUAGCUUUAAUAUAUAAAUUUGAAUGAUUUAGAUCAUGAGGAUUUGUUCCCUUGUCCACAUACAAAAAGAAAAUGUGCAUGUAAGUGUGUAAAUAAAUUUAGGUCACCACAACAAGUGUAAUACCUGCCACCCCACAGACACUCAAAUACAAACCACAGCAACUGAUACAAAAAAAUUUACGUAUGGAAGAUCUGCUUAUAUUUAACAGAUGUAUGAAAAAACAUUUGAGGAAGUGGUUAUUUUCCUCGCAAACUUUCCCUUAGAUCUGUUAGGGGAAUGUGCUUAAUAAUCUGAUCGGCUUAUGUCCAGUGACCCGUUGUUGUUGUAUCUCUCUCCCAAGCUCCGUCUGCUUUGUCUCUUCAUUGUUUUCUCUCUCUUUUUGUCUUUUAGCCAAGUUUUUUUUUUAUUCUUUGAAGAUCAGUGGCUGAACAUGAGCUGGGGGAAAGCAAUGGAAAGACUGUGCUUGACGCAGUAUGUUAAACGUAUUACCACCUAUUCAGUUUCACUCAUUGUCUUCUUACAGAGAAAGAAACUAACAAUAUACGUUAUCAGUUUAUGUGAGUGGGCACAAAGUAGUUAGCUGGUGCAGACACACCUUUCACUUCUCCAAAUGCCUGACUGACUGUUUAGUACAAGCCUCCACUUGUUGGUUGCCAAAAGUAGAGGUUACCUGUUGAUAAUGAUAGUCAUCAAUAUGUGAUUAUUGAUUGUGAAUGUGAACUCACUAUUGCUACAAGUUUGCAUUUAAUUUUGUUUUUUAUAUGUAAAACUUAAAAUUUUUGUACUCCUAGAUAAUUUGUAUAUCUUUACCACCUUUUGCCCAGUUUUACUGCUACUGAAAACGUAAAACACAAAUAAAACUGUUUUUACAAGUAAAAUGUUGCAUGAGUAUACUCACAGUGGGUGGAAUGGAAAUGUUUGCUAAAGUUUAAAAGUUUUAAGGGUGAGUAUAUUGUCUUUGAAUUACUCCCCUGCGACCAUGAUAAGCGGAAGGGAAUGGAUGGAUGGAUGGAUUGAUGUUAAACUACUUACUCUUUUAUUAGUUGUUCUGUUGGUUAUGAGAAUUAUCAAUUACCUAUACACUGCCACUUCAUCAGUUACACAUUGCUAACACUGGGUUACCUUCAGGGCUGCCUUAAUUCUUCUUGGUGAUGUGAUAUCAUUAUAUUUAUCAUAUCAUUACAUUACAUUGCUGCUGAUUUUUCAGCUGAAGAUCAAUUAUGAGAAUCUCCUCCUCCACCACAUGCCAAAGGUACUCUAGGUGUCUAUUAACUGUUUCUUAUAUUCUGUUUUUCCACUGUACUUGAGCCCUCCAACUGCUUUAUAUACAAACACACAUUCAUCAGUGGCAUGCCGUGACUUUUACAGAAAGGCAAGCAGAGACAAUCGUCACCCCUCACACCCACUACACACACAAACAAACACACCUUCUUCAAAAACACCAAUUUAACAAGAUAAACUGGAUCAGAUUAAAACAUGCCAUUUGUGCUGUCCAUCUGCACAUCUUCACGUUUCUACACUCCUUCCUGGCUGAAGAGAUGUAAAAUAUUUCUAAUAACUUAGUUAAGUUAUUAGAUAUCUACCAUAUUAAAUAUCUACCAUAUUCCCCCCACUUUUUUGUAUUGUUAACUGACAAUGACAAGUGGUGGAGGAACUUUUCAAACC